CUCAUCUUCGUGCACCGCGACAUCAGCCGCGACCGGCCCCUCGUAGGGCUCAUGCAUCUGCUCCAACUCGGGCCCAUCAUCAGGUGCAUGGAGGCGCUGGUGGUGUACUGCUGGUCGGGGAGGCAGGAGGAGCCCUACGUCACCAUCACCCGCAAGCGGCGGCUGCGGAAGGGCUACGAGGUGGAGAUGGAGCAGGAGAUGGGCCACUCGGAGCGGCGGCUGGCCGUGCACCGCAACGCCUUCAAGCGCAUGGCGGUCAUCCAGGCCUUCCUGGGCUCCACGCCACAGCUCACCGUCCAGCUCUACAUCAGCAUCCUGGAGAAGUACGUCCCUGCUGCCCGAGCGGUCCUCAUGGGCAUCUGCCUCGUGUCGGUCACCUACGGAGCCCUCGUCUGCAACGUCCUCUCCAUCCAGGUCAAGUACGACGACUACAAGGUCCAGCUGCGGCCACUGGCCUUCCUCUGCAUCGUGCUGUGGCGCAGCCUGGAGAUCUCCACGCGCGUGGCCGUCCUCGUGCUCUUCAGCACCGUCUUCAAGCACUGGAUCAUCCCCAUCGCCUUGGCCAACCUGCUGGUGGUCUUCUUCACGCCCUGGGUGCAGUUCUGGCGCAGCGGCACCCGCCUGCCCGACAACAUCGAGAAGAACUUCAGCCGCGUGGGCACGGUGGUGGUGCUUUGCGCCUUCACCCUCCUCUACGCCAGCAUCAACAUGUUCUGCUGGUCGGCCGUGCAGCUCAAGCUGGCCGAUAGGGACCUCAUCGACAAGUCGCAGGACUGGGGCCGCUUGGCUGUGUACUACGUGGCACGGCUGAUGGAGAACACGGCCCUCGUUGUCCUCUGGUACUUCUUCAAGACGGAUGUCUACGAGAACAUCUGCACCCCGCUGCUGGUGGUGCAGCUGCUCCUCGGCUACUGCAUGGGCAUCUACUUCAUGCUCCUCUUCUUCCAGUACCUGCAUCCCUGCCGACAGCUCUUCCAGCACAACGUUGCUGACUUCUUGCACUGUGUCUGCUGCCACCGGCGCCCGCCGGGCACCCCUCUGCACCUCCAGGCACCGUAUGAGCCUGGUGUGAGGCACAGCAUCGUCUGA